GAGGUGUUUGAUCAAUAGACUUGGAUGCUCCCAGGUUCAACCCUAUCGCCUCUCCCGUGAACUUGAGACCCCACGUACCAAAACCAAAACCGAGAGACACGGCCGCCGGUUUUCCAGCACCCUUCUCCACUUCCGGACGCAAGUGCAGUGCUGACACCCCCAUUUGUUUGGGGUCCGACAAAAGAUACGGAGGACGCCGCCAAAACAAUCUCCAGAGGAGAGGGACAAAUAGAUUAAAAAAAUCUCCCAGUGGCAAAUUUCUUGCAGUCACUCUCCUCCCCCCUUGAGUUCUUUUUUAAGAUGCCCUGCCUCCGACGUUGUCAUCGCUACCUCCAGCCGCCCGCCGCUCGGACAUUCCGUCGAACACCAUGCGGUCGUCGUCGUCGUGGUCGUGGUCUUUCGCCCGCUGCGGCGGCUGCGAGGAGAACCCCACCUCCCUGUGGACCCUGGAAAACGUCCUCCAAUGCCAGAAGGUGAGCGACUUCCUCAUCGCCCUGGCCUACUUCUCGAUACCGUUGGAGCUCUUCUACUUCGUCACGUGCUCCGCCAUCUUCCCUUUCCGCUGGCUCAUCCUCCAGUUCGGCGCCUUCAUCGUUCUCUGCGGCCUCACCCACCUGGUCGCCGCCCUCACCUACGCCCCCCAUUCCUUCUUCCUCCUCCUCUCCCUCGUCGUCCUCAAGCUACUCACCGCCCUCGUCUCUCUCGCCACCGCCGUCACCCUCCUCCCCAUCAUCCCACAGCUCCUCCGCCUCUUCGUGCGCGAUGGCCUCCUUCGCCAGAAGGCCCGCGACCUCGGCCACGACCUCGGCCGCAUGCGCCGCCAGGAGGCUGCCACCUGGCGCGUCCGCUUGCUCACCGCCGAGAUCCGCCGCUCCCUCGACCGCCAAACCAUCCUCGACACCGCCCUCGUCCACCUCGCCGACGCCCUCUCCCUCCACGACUGCGCCAUCUGGAUGCCCACCUCCCCCGAUUCGCUCUCCCUUACCCACCACCUCAACCGCCGUCGUCUCGACCACCACCACCGCCACCAAAAAGUCUCGAUCCCCACUGCCGACUCCGACGUCGCCGAGAUCAUCACAAGGGAGGAGGUCUUGACACUCGACCCGAACUCCAAUCUGGUCCGAGCCACUGAGUCGGAGCCCGUCGGCCCGGUGGCCGCGAUCCGAAUGCGGCUGCCUCGAGUGUCCAAGUUCAACGAGGGCAUGCCGGAGCUCGUGGAGGAGUCGUAUGCCAUUCUCUUCCUCGUGCUUCCCAUCGGUGGGAACAGGGUCUGGACGACCGACGAGGUCGACGUCGUGGAGGUGGUCGCCGACCAGGUGGCCAUGGCCCUCUCCCAUGCCGCCGUCCUGGAAGAGUCCCUGCUGAUGAGGGAAAAGCUCGUGGAGCAGAACCUGGCUCUCGACCGAGCCCACCGCGAGGCACUGAUGACGAAAGAGGCCCGGAAGUCCCUUCAGAGCGUGAUGACUCGAGAGGUCGUCGGGCCCAUCCGUUUGGUGGCGGCACUCUUGUCAGCAUUGCAGCUGGAGAAUUUGAGCACGGAGCAGCUUGCCAUGGUGAAAGCGGGGCUCGUCCUGUCCUCCCUCAUCGAGGAAGCUGCUGGCGUCAGUAGGUUCGAGCAGGGUAAAGUGGAGCUGAGAUUGCGGCCCUUUCACGUUCGGUCAGUGGUCGAGGAGGUUGUGAGCGUGUCGAGGCUUUUGUGUGCUUGUCGAGGUGUAUCCUUUGAAUUCCAUGUCUCCGGAGGUAAUCCUGGACCAGUGCUCGGGGAUGAGAGGCGAAUACUUCAGGUUUUGCUAUACACGAUUCAGAAUAUUUUGGGCACUGGUGAUCGGGGGACCGUUUCUCUCCAAUUGUGUAUAGAGGAUGCUACCGAUGAUGGAAGCUCACAUGGUAAGUACGUAGUUGGGAAGCAGAAUUUUGGUCAGGGGAUGGUUGCAUUAAAGUUCGAAGUUUGCAGAACCGGUUUGGGAAAAGAAGAUAAGAUCUCUGAUUUGAAGGAAUCCAAAGAUGAUGUUGGUGAUCGCCAGAUUAGUUUUUCCUUCUGCAGGAAGCUGGCAGAGCUCAUGCACGGGAGGAUUUCAGUUUCCAACACAUCAGCAAGUCUGCAGAAAAAUAUGGAACUGCUAAUCAGAGUACAACAUGAGCGGUCAGGGGAAGGAUUUGUUUGGCCAAGAUAUAUGGAUAUUGAGGCUACCAGAUGCCCGUUCAAAGGAAUGAGGAUUCUCCUUGCGGACAAUGAUUGUUAUAAUGUAUAUCUCACCAGAAAGCUUCUUGGAAAAUUUGGCUGUCAUUUAUCCAUAGUGUCUUCUAGGUACCACUGCUUGGAGAUGCUGUAUUUAAAGAGAAACCAGUUCCACCUGCUACUUAUUGACAUGCAAGUUUUUGAAGAAGACAGACAUGAACUUUUUGCUCACAUCAAAAAAAAUUGCACAGAAAACAGGCCACUGAUUGUUGCACUCACUCCUAAUGCUGAUAGGAAUGCCAGAGAGCAAUGCCUUCAUAAUGGAAUUCAUGGUGUAAUAUGUAAACCAGUUAUAUUGCAAGAUAUGGUAGAUGAAUUGCACAGGAUCACCCAAGGAACACAAUCUUCACUUCCUUUAUGGUGACCGAGAAAACAAAGAUAUUUCGACAAUGUUCUCUUGAUUUGUGCAGAAUUCUGUGUCGUUAAUUGGAACGAUGUAGAAGCUUUGUGAGACUGCUUGAACUUGUUUGAAUUUCCAGAGUUUGGUAAGAUCUGUGAGAUUAAAUUAGCAAUGAAGAAGUGGUUUAUAACUUAAGAGUCUGUUGAAUGAUAUUCAUCUUCUUUGAGGGGCUAUUCGGAUUUCCUUUUGAGUACUUGGACAAAUAAACUGGGUUCCCAUUAAGAACCGUGCAGCUGCAGCUAUGUUGCCUGAACUGUGGAGAACCCAGUAUGGAUGUGUCUGAAAUUGCUCUUUUCCUCUUGUUUGCAGCAGCGAAAUGAUGGCUUCUAGUGAUCGUAUGUCAAAAGGUAAUUAUCAUGGCCCCUAUUCAUGGUUCUUUUAACCACUAUUCAGAUCCCCUGUUUCCCAAAAGCAGUAGAGCAGGAAGUCUCAGAUGCAAGAAAAGAAGACUUGAUGAUGGUUGCUAUCCCAUUAAGAGAUGAGGUGCAUAUGAUUGACUCGAGAUGUUCAUACUAGACUGGCUGCGUAUAAUUUGACAAAUGGUUGCGACUUUAUCAAGGUACAUUUUCAAAAGUCAAAAGGAGUAUCCUGUGAAUUGUUGUGUUAUGGUGUAUUCUUCUCACAAGUUAGCACAUGCAUCUAAAGCCUGUCGUGUAUGGAACAGCAUAUUAAUUGUAAUAUCCUGGUCAAACAUUUCCAAUCCAUCUUAGUUCAUAUUUCAUACUGCACCUUAAGUUGCCUGAUUACCAUGAAUAUACUUAAUGCAAUAAUGUAUGCACAAAAUUAUUUCUUGAAA